GUUACGGUCGGCGUGUCUCAGCUAACUGAAGAGAAUCAUUUGUCACGCCAGUGUGUCUCCAAACGCACACUCCUUAAAAUUGCUCGUCCGUGAUUCUGCUGUUAGAACUGAAGAUGUAUAACGCGUCGACGCUAUAAAAACUGAGGAAAAUGACUAAGGAAUGGCGAAAUUUCGUUCGUUUCGGUAUCGCGGUUGUGUUUUUUUACGGGAAAAAUUUCAACGAAGCUCGUUUGAUUCAGGGUGAGAACCCGAGCGUUGGCGAAGCCCUUCAGUUCCUGAGGGAGUACGAUGCCGAAGGGUCCGACUUGUGUUUUCGCGUAAACUCCGCUAGAUGGCUCUAUUCAAUAAACAUGACCGAUGCGAACAAGCGCAGGAUGAUCGACGAGCAAACUUUGAAAGCAAAGUUUGACAAAGUCACGUGGAGGAAAGCGGCAGAAUUCGAUUGGUCGACAAUGCCGGAUCCGGUGGUACGCAGACAGAUGAGGAUGUUACUGGCCAAUGGCAGGGCUUCAUUGCCCGACGAAAAGUUUAAUGAGCUCUAUCAUUUAAUUGCGGAAAUGAAAGACAUUUACGGCCACGUCCGCGUCUGCCCCUACAGGUCGAGCGAAGAGUUUGGGGCGGCGAUUUAUUGCGACUUGGAAUUGGGUGACGUGAAUCGCAUAAUGGCGGCUUCCAGGGAUAAUCAGGAACUCGUCCAUAUCUGGCGCGAGUGGCACGACAAAACGGGACCGCCGUUGAAGAACAAAUUUAUGAGAUACGUCGAGCUGGCCAACCAAGCAGCCCGACUCAACGGUUUCACCGAUGCCGGAGAAGAGAGUAGAUUCGUAUACGACGAUCCAGAUUUCGAAAACGAAUUGGCGGAAACGUUUCAAAAAAUCCAACCCCUCUACAAGGAGCUGUUCACUUACGUGAGGACGAAACUGUACCAAAAAUACGGACCCGACGUGGUGAGAAAAGACGGGCCUCUGCCCGCCCAUAUUCUGGGCAACGUUUGGGGGCAAGAAUGGGUGAACAUUUUCGACGUCGUGGUACCCUAUCCCCAGUUCAGUAACUUCGACGUUACCGCCGAAAUGCUGCGCCAAGGAUUCACGCCACUGAGGAUGUUCCAAACAGCCGAGGAAUUUUAUUCCUCUUUGGGGUUGAAGCCGAUGCCUCCCGAGUUUUGGCGAUUCUCGAUGAUAGAAAGGCCGAAUGGACGAAAAGUGCAGUGCACGGCGAGCGCGUGGGACUUCUGCAAUAAGGUCGAUUUCAGGAUCAAGCAGUGCACGGAAGUAAACAUGGAGAAUUUGAUCACGAUUCACCACGAGAUGGCGCACAUCGAGUAUUACAUGUACUACGCCGAGCAGCCAUUUAUUUAUCGAGACGGUGCUAAUCCAGGUUUUCACGAGGGCAUAGCCAACGCUAUCGUCCUAUCCGUAUUUAACCCGGUCCAUUUGCAUCGCGUGGGCCUUUCCAACGAAAGCACCGACGUCUUCGAAAGAAACAUAAACUUCCUAAUGUUAAUGGCUCUAAAAAAAGUGACCUACGCGCCGUUCGCUUAUCUAAUCGACCAGUGGAGAUAUCAGAUCUACGAGACCGGCGUUAACAGAAUGAACUCAGACUGGUGGAAUAUCAGGCUGAGGUUCCAGGGGGUCGCGCCACCGGUACCUCGAACGGAAAGCCACUUUGACGCAGCCUCUAAACGACACGUACCGGCGGAUAUACCUUACAUCAAUUACUAUAUCGCGUUGCUGCUCGAGUUUCAGAUCCACAAAGCGCUGUGCGAAGCGUCAGGUUUUACAGGACCACUGUACAAGUGCGACAUUUAUAGGUCGAGGGAAGCCGGAAGGAUCCUGAGCAACAUAUUCCGGGUGGGGAGAGCGCGCCACUGGAAAGACGUCAUCAAAAUGCUAUCGAACGGAAAAGUGUCGAAAUUGUCGGCCGAACCAAUGCUCGAAUACUUUCAGCACUUGCUGACUUGGUUGCGGGAGAAAAAUGAAGGAGAAACGGUUAUAGGUUGGAUGACCAAUAAGGAAGAUGUUGCUUUGUAUCAACCGUUGGUCUACGGGUCAGGAUCGAUCCACAUAUUUCGAGCGGAGUUUGUUGUGAUAAUAGUGUACAACUUUUUGAUACAUAAUUUUGUGUAACAAUAGGCAUCUCAUUCAGCAUAACGCA